UUUCUGCUGUCGUCCCAUGGCUGGCGUCCCAAUCUUGGGCCUGAAUCCAUCCAAGAAGUUUCCGGAGUUUGAUGGCUAUGCGGUCUUCAUGAAUGAGCAGCUAGAAGGAACUAUGGAUGAGGAUUGCCUGACCUCGUUGAGAGCUAAAUGGGACACCUUCACCGAGCGCCAGAAGAAAGCCUACCAGGCGGAGCCCUACGUGCCUACCAUGUCUGAAGAUUCUCGCUAUGAAUGGAGCGAAGAUGAAUUUGGGUUUGGACAAAACGUCCCCGAUGCCUCUUCAACCCAUACGGUGAUGAACUCAGCUGCAGUGCCCGUGCUUGAGGGCGACCACCAUGCACCUUCAUCCGAGAGUGAAACAGACAUGCCGAGCCUGUGGAAUCCUUUCGAAGCUGAAGAUGCAGAUCAAGCAGACGAACCUCACCACUUUCAUGACUGGAGGUGCCGUGAUUGCUCCUGCCCUGACUGGCGACGCAUGGGAAGUGAAUUGAGGUGCGGUCGCUGUGGUGGAAUGCGAUUUUAUGAUGCCGCAUGGAACUACAGCAUGAACCCCGAAUGGUAUGACUGGAAACAGACAUGGAAGAAGCCUGAUGAUCCAUGGGAUACACCUGGAGGCGAGCGUGCUGAAUCUGAAGCUGCCACAUACGACCCAACGGUCAAUCCUGACACGUUGCAAUCGACGCCAUCAAUGAGCCGAAGACAGAAGAAGGCAGCCCGUCUCCAAGACAAAGAACGAGCCCAAUACAAAGAUGAUUUGCAUGCUACAUCACAAAGCCCUUCGAAGCCAUUGCAGCCUCCGCCACGUUCCUCGCCGAGUAUGUCUUCCUUGAAAGCUGGUUCCUCAGGAUCAGAUCCAAAACGUGCCAGCAACUGGAGAGAGGAGAUGCAAGAUGCAGUGAGCUCCAAGAAUGACAAGACGAAGAACUGGACCAUACAACAGGGUCCGUCUCCUGGUGUUAAAUACCGUGGCGGCACGCCACCCAGUCCACCUUUGUGGAAUUCCGGCCGUGACGUGACGAUCUUCGCGAUUUACCUCAAACGUCGCUACUUGCAUGAGUAUGAGUACGUGCAGCGGCAACAGAAUGAGACCAUUUGGACCUUCUGCAAUCGCUAUGGCAGAAUUGAGCGCAGUUUGUGUUCAGUUCAGAUCAAUGUGGAUGGCAUGUAUGACUCUGAGAGCCGUGGUGCCCGACUCUUGGAACGCAUGAGACUUGGUUUGGAACAGCAACGAUUGAUUUUGGUUGCAGCAAAUCAGUCGUUGGAAUUUGAUGUGAUUCGAGAAGCCGCCCAAGUCCAAUUUCCAGACCAUCGACCCACUCCUGCAGUUGUCUUCAUGAAAGACUUUGAAGGCAACAGGUAUGAUGGUAGCACCAAAAGCAACAAUGCCAAGCCGAACACUCCGUCCAAGGGCAACAACACCUUCACCAACCAGCAGCCGAAACGUAAAGGCCGUGGUGGACGCGGCAAAAAUGCACCUCGACAGCGAGUCUAUGUCACUGAGGUUCAUGAUGAUGAUGGCAAUCAAGAUGAACAUGCGGAACAAGAGCCUGGUGAAGAUCCGGAGGAUGGAGCUGCCGAUCAGGCGGACGAGCAGCAAGAGCAAGAUGAUGCCGCAGAAGGAGAAGAAGAAGCCGCGGAAGACGCGGACCAAGCUGAUGAUUUAUCUGAGGUGAUUCGUUGUUUGACAGGCACUGCAAGAAGACUUCAAGGCCUCACACUUGGCCGCAAGUUCAGCGGCAACACCAAGAGCAUUGCCCAACGCAAAGCUGAGUCACACUGUGCAGCACGUGGCCAGAAAGGCAAUUGGCAAGGUGACCCCGAGUGCCCACAGUCUGGAUCUACUGCAAGUUCCUCCGGCAGCAAAGGAAAGACUCCUGCAGCCACGCCGAAGAAAUCUGAUGCGAAAGGCGGUCAGAGCAAAAAGGUCCUGGCCGUGGUUCAUUCUGGUGGCAAGCGCUUGGUGAACUUUGAAGACCCCGUUGAGAUUGACCAGGCAUCGAUGAACCAGAAAGGCCAGACUGGCAUACUAGCGAUGAUGAAGACCUUUCACUCUCAAAUGACCGACAACUUUCACGACAAGAGAUGCAUGAAGCAGCUCGACCGUGAGUUGCCGUGGCGCGAAAUCAUGGAAAUGCCAGCUGCAGCCAAAGAUCAAUUUGCCCAGUCCGCCACCAAGGAGUACAACGGCUGGAUGAAAUGGACCGGCAUCAAGCCGAUCAGUGAGCACGAGGCCAAGAAGAUCUAUGCUUCUCCACAGGUGCGCAAGCGCAUCAUGAAAAGCCGUGGUGCCUAUAAAGACAAAAGCAAAGGCACCGGACCCUUACAAGCCAAGACAAGAGUGGUCAUCAUAGGAUGCCAGGACCCAGACCUCAGACAGCUCACACGUGACUCACCAACACCGACCAGGCUGAGUGAGUACCUGAUCCUUUCUAUUGCUGCCUCUGGUGCCAACAUGCUCUUCAACGUGGAUGGCAAGAAGUGGGUGUGGUUCAACAAGGUCAAAACCAAGCUGCUCGGAGCCAACUUCAUCCAGCACAGCUUCGAUCGCUGCCUGUUUUAUCACAUCAGCGAGGAUGAUGGCUCCUUGGGUGCCGUGCUGAUCGUGCAUGUGGACGACUUCAUGUGUGAAUACCGCGGCAAGGAGAUCACAAUGAUCAAUGAAUACGGCAAGAUGAGCUACAAGGUCACUCAGAAAAAGUUUCUUGACAACUUGACUGAAGGAAAGCUGAAGACCGGCCGCCAAACCAGACCUGAUGUGGCCUCAACGGCUUCUUUGUCACAUCGCGGCACCGAGACUGACAUCAACGACCUUAAGCGUCUCCACGACACUUUAAAGUAUGCCAAAGCCACUGCAGACUCAGGCCUGGUCUUCCCUGCCAUCCCCUUCACCAAGGCAUCGACCAUUGUGACGUUUGCAGAUUCUGGCUGGGCCAAUGCAGCAAAGUGUUCAUCCCAAUUUGGUGUGAUGAUAGCCCUGUGCCCAGCUCAAGUGACCGAAAAGACUUCCCAUGGCUUCAUCCUUGACUGGAAAAGCGGCCGAAGUGCCCGCAUUUGCCGUUCAACUUUCGCGGCUGAAGCCUGUGCAGCUGACGAGGGAACCGACAGAUCCACUUAUCUCAAUAUGAUGAUCACCGAGUUGCUCUAUCAGAAACCUGCAUUCUAUGGCGAGAUGCGAAUGAAUGCGGUGCACAUCACGGAUGCCAAAUCGUUAUACGAUUGUCUGGUGGCCGAGAACCCUGUGCUGAGCGAAAAACGAGCAACGAUGAACAUCCGAAGUGUUCAACAAGUUCUGCUGCCUUCUCAAAUCCGAUGGGUGCCCACUCAUCUGAUGAUAGCUGACGGACUGACCAAAUAUGACCAGAAGCUGCAGAACGUCUUGAGAACGUGGUGCAAUGAUCCAGUAGUUCAGCUGAAGGAAAUCAAGAAUUCGGAUCCAACCAAGGAAACAGAACGUGUUCCUGGAGGUCCUGUGGUACGGGUGCGGCUGAAUCCUGGAGCCUUUUUCAACGCCAAGCGCCAGCGCACCGCUCCUUGGAUUCCUUGGAUCGGCGGUCGCUAUAGAUAUAUGUAA